CCUGUACUUGUAACAGCUCUACCCCCUGUAUACAUAAAUAAUUUUAUUGUUUAUUUUCCUUUUAAGGAUAAAACUGUGAUAGUAGCCGAUUUCGGCCUCGCCCGAAUACUUUCCGAGAAUACAAACAGCGCGCGAAGACUACCAAAAGGCCAUUUAGGAUCAUCUCGAAGGCAAGAACGAAAAAAGCGCUACACCGUGGUCGGAAAUCCGUAUUGGAUGGCACCGGAAAUGAUGAAAGGAAAUAAAUACGACGAAAAAGUCGAUAUUUUUAGUUUUGGCAUCAUUUUGUGCGAAAUUAUUGGAAGAGUCCAAGCCGAUCCCGAUUUUUUACCCCGCUCGAACGAUUUUGGGCUGAAUCAGAAUGCUUUUAGAGAGAAAUUUUGCACAUCUUGUCCAGAACCUUUCUACAAAAUCGCGUUUCUUUGUACUGAGCUAAAUCCUGAUAAACGGCCACCAUUUGAGGUGAUGGAAAUUUGGUUAGAAUCCCUUUCGAUGCAUCUUUCGGUCGCAAUGCCACUCCCCUCGGACCUUCUCUUCGAUAUCCAACACUAUCGAGGUUUGAGUCCAAGCUCAUCAGGGAGUACAACCCCCGAAACGCUUAAUCCGGGUCAUAGGAGCCCCGGUUUGGAGCCGAUAACCGAAGGAAAACCGACGAUCAUUCAAAAAGUCGUCGAAAACGUAAUUGUUGAACCAAAAAAAAUUGAAAUUGAGAAAGUAGAUAACUUAAAUAUAAAAAAAUCGGAAAUUUGCGCGAAAACGAACGAUUUAAAAUUGAGCGAAAAAGUGAAUUUAAGAAAAGUGCCGAAAAAUUUUACAAGAAAUCGCUUUGUUAAUGAGAAAUUUGAUUUUAACGAAUUAUUUAAAAAGGAUGUUGUUGUAAAACCAUCGGGGAAUUUGAGUUUAGAUGGAUUAAAAAGUAAUUGUUCCCCGUCGAAGGUGACCCAAAAAUAUUUAAGCAACAAAAAUAACAAUAACAAAGUCUUAAAUGAACCGACUUUUGAGAGGAAUCGAUUCCGCUCGUUACGAGACGUUCCCAAAAACAAAGACGAAUCUGAACUUAAUAAAGAAAUUCCAAAAAAAAGUUUUGAUAACGUACAGAGAAAAGUGUUUAAAGAGGAACCCCCCGAAACGGUUGAAAAGCCGAGUUCGAGUAUUGUUAAGAUAAUUGAGUCGUUAAAUCGCAAAGAAAGGAAGUUUGAGUUUCCGAAACGAGCCGCUUUCGGGAGGAGUUCCUUAAAGAUAUCGAAGUUUCAAAAUAAUAAUCAAAAAGCGAAUUGUGAGGAUAAAUCAGAAUUUACACCUUUGUAAUAAAAAAUUUUUUAUUGGUGCAAUGCAAAGUGUCUCUACUGUGAUAUCUUCAAAUCUCAACUGUUCAUUAAUUAAUUAAUAUAAUAAUUAUGAUAAGUGAAAAAGAAAAUGAUAGAUUUAUUUUUGUUACAUAAUGUAAAAAAAAGAUAAAAAGAAAUGAGUAUUAUUAUAGUGAAGUAAUCGUAACAAAAAUUUGUACUUAUUGACAACAUUCCAAGUUAUUAUUAUUAUUAUA